CUCUCAUAAUCAAAAGUGGAGAUCGUUCAUGCCUCCCCACUGUCCUCCUGGAUAUACGGCUUAUAACUACUCCUACUUUGAGAUUUGUUUGAAGUUUGUACCAUUAUUUGUAAACCACACCGAGGCUGUGAGCAGCUGUGUAAAAGAGGGGGGAGAUCUCAUUAAACUUGACUCAAGGGACAAGUUCAAAAUUUUUCAAAGGCAUAUGUUACAACUUCCCCCCUCCAAGUAUCCUUUUAAAGUGUGGCUUCAGGGAGAGGAAACAGAUCGAAAGAAGGGGGAAUGGACAUUCCACGAUGGAUCUAUCUUCGACUUUGACUGUAAAAUCUUCAUGCAAACGAAUCAGCCGGAAGAGACCCACUUAGCUGCCUCCAAUAAAAAAGAUUUUCCAUGUGAUGACGAGGAUCCGGCAAACACACAUCAUUACGUGUGCGAAAUUUAUCGAACAUUCAAAGACACUUAUUAG